AGUGCGCCCACGCACUUUACCGCGCCGCCCGCGCCGGCUCUGGACACGCACUCACCAUUCGGCUCGACAUUUCAUUCAUUUAAAUUUUACUGAAACACUUCUCUUACUCUCCAACAAUCUUUAAGUCAGCUACAGAACAGAAUAGCUUGCCAUUUCUUAAAACCAGUAAAAAAAAUUGAACAACCAUAAAGCUGAAAUACUUAUCGUGUCCUACAAAUAAGUUUUGAAGAUUUCUACUGAAACUGUAUAUAGGAAAGUUCUACUGCAAUGCUUUAAUGAACCUGGUGAUAGAAUUAGAUGUGAUACUAUAAAACAAAACCAGGCAAGUGAUCGGAGAAUUGUGAACUGUGUUGUACUACAUUACCAGCUACCGGAAAGAUGAAACGUGCAAGAGCCGCUCUAGGGCUUCUACUGAUGCUGUACGUUCAAGGCCGAGCUGCGGGCUGUAGCAAUGUGUCGGCUCUGUCGCAGCAGCUAGACAGCUUGCUGGCGGAAUACGACCGAGGCAGUGCGCCGGCGCAGCCCGCGCGUGUGCGGCUUGUGUUUGACCUGCGACACGCGGCGAUGCGGCAAGAUGGCACCGUGCACUUCCUCGCAGACCUCACGCUGUCAUGGCACGAUCCCCGUAUCGUGUGGAAUGCGAGCGAGUGGGGCUGCGAGAGCGUGCUGGCGUCGCCGGACCGGCUGUGGCUGCCUGCAGUGGAGCUGCUAAACGGCGCCGGUACCGCGCAGGCGUCGCUCAACGUGCGCGCGGCCCACGACGGCGCGCUAGCGUGGGUGCAGCGCUUCGACGCCGCCGUGCCGGUAACGCUCGAACUACGGGACUGGCCCGAGGACGUCCAGACGGCUGUAUUCAAAUUCGGGUCGAGAACACAACUUGCAGACGAACUGGAUUUGCUAAUAGAUGAUAUUUUGCCGACGGUGGUGUUCGAAGCUGGUGAAUGGGAGCUGUUGUCGCCGCUGGCGGGCGGCGUGUCGACGACGGGAGGGCGACGGCUGGCGGCGUGGGCGGUGCGUCUGCGGCGGCGCGCGGCGGCGCACGAGGCGGCUGCGAGCGCCGUGCUCACCAGCGCCGUGUUACUGCUGGUCGCCGCCAUCGCUCUGCCAGCCUCCACCAGGCCGCCUCUCUGCGCCUGCGCCUCAUUUACAGCCACCUUGUGGUUAGUGUCAGCGGCAUUACGGGUGCCGGGUGGGGCUUCAGCGCCGCGCGCGCUGGGAGUGAUGUGUGCGGUGUGCGUGUGCGCGGCGGCGGCAGCGGCGGCGGCGGCGGUGGCGGCGCGACUUGCGGCGCGCGCAUCGCAACCCCCCGCCGCGCUGCGAGCUCUCGCCGCUACCGCUGGCCGCUGCUGCAAUCUCGCUCCUAGUGAGGAGACGUGUGCGCAGGCGCAGGUAGGCGCGUGGGCGGUGCUGGGCACACUCCUGGACUACGUGCUGUGCGCCGCGCUGCUGCUGGCACUCUUCAUCUGCAUCUGCGUCUAUCUGUAGCUGACCCUAGAAGCGAUCUCGAAACCGUUUGUACGUUAUCGGGUGCUUCAGACACUGUUCCGUUUAGCCUCGCCUGUACCUGGCCCGCCCAUACUAGCGGCACCUGACCCGCCGCCGACGAUUACUGUGAAACUUGAAGACUAUUGACAAAGUUUGAUACUAACACCGUUUAGCAGAAAACUUGCGUUGGAAAGGUUAAAUAAAACUCUUAUGAACGAUUUUUACUUCUAAAACGUAAGUCCGGAAGACUUCUUUUUGGCAAACAAAAAAGGCUGUAACUACUUUUAAGCUUUAAAUUUAUUUCAGUUUUAUUUGAAUUAUUGUAGGAAGAUUUUUAACAGCUACUGAAGAUUAAUUUUCGAUGGCGGUGUCAACGAUUAUGAAACGGAAAAUCGCAUCGAAUAAGUUGUUGAUAGACUCUUUGCCAUUGGAGAAGGUUGAGCGCACAUUCUGACAUCUAAUCCCACUGAAAUACCAGGGACUACCAUAAUGAAGAUAGGCCCCUCUAGCAUGACCACCGAUACGGGGUAUACGAAAGCGAUAUAACGGCAUUAACUGUCAGACUACAGUGGAGUUUGACAGUAGUCUGAUAGUUGAUGCCGAUAUAAUAUCGCUUUAUCAUAUCCCGUUUCGGUGGUCAUGCUAGAGGCGCUGGAACAAUAAACACAUUUUUAUUAUUAUAUUAUGAUUAUAUUGCAACAGAUCUGAAAAGCUUUAGUAAGAUAUUUUUUUAUUUAUUUAAUUCAAGUAACAAAAAGUCGAAUACAAACAAUUUUAGAAUGCAUGCAUUGAGUUUUUGUAAGUGAGAAACACGAGAAACAUGACGAAAACUACGUCAGGCGCUAACUUGUCAUAAUUGGGGUAUGAGAAUGAAAUAAAACCAUUGAGUAAUAUUGUUCAUACUAACGUACAUAUAAAUGAAAUGUCACAAUAUCGUAACUUUACAAAUGUAUACUUUAUCAUGAAACUUACGUUUUAUUAGUAACUUAGUAACCAUCAAACGCGAGGGUCAAUAAAACACUUAUUUUGAUGCACAUUUACUUUAUUAAAGCACUCGGUAACUAAAAAGUAGUAGUACAGUCAGCGAAAAUGAAAUAAUUUUAACAACGUUCUCGCACAGUAGGAGUGCUAUUAUAGAAUAUCAAGCAUAUAAAAUACAAUUUAGUUGCAUUAAAAAAAAUGAUAUUGUUAAUAAGAGUAGGCGGUGCUUAGAACAGUGUUGAUAUAUAAAGCCUGCAAUAGAUUCAAAGUCAUCUCAAGGAAACGUGCUCAAAGUGAACAUUCUGUGUUUGUAAAUAGUUGCAUACUAUCUUUAACAAUAAAUUGACUUUUAAGAUUCAUUUUGUUUUACUUCGCAAUCCCGCUGCAUCUUCGUUCCUUGUAUUUUGUUUCGUCAUCUAAAAAUAAGUGAACUUUUCUAUCAAUAAGUCUCAUAAGAAGUUUCGGUUGCGCCGAAGACAUUUGAAAUUGUAUCAUUCAUUCAUAUAUUUAUUUACAAGAAACAUAAUAUGUACAAUCAAUAGAUGUUAUAUUAAAAUAUAAUGCUCAAACAUGAUUCGCAUCAUCAUCAGCCUAUUAAUGUCCCCACUGCUGGGGCACAGGCCUUCCCUAUGGAUGGAAUAGGGAGAUUGGGCCAUGAUCCACCACGCGGUGCGAUUUGGUGGGUGCUAACGACUGCAGAUGCAGCCGGGACCAACGGCUUAACGUGCCUUCCGAAGCACGGAGGAGCUCGAGAUAGUAACUUUUUGGUCACCCAUCCAAUGACCGACCACUGCGAAAGUUGCUUAACUUCAACGAUCGCAGCCGAACGCGCUAACCAGUUGCGCCAUCGAGCUCCACCAUUGUCAAAUUAUUCUUCAAGAAAUCCAAUUAAUAUUAUUAUUGUCGCAAUAACGUGUAUUUUUAAUAGGUUUUUUUCUUUUAGAGCCCUGCCUACCUGUUGAAGUUUACUACUCAUCAUCGUCUAACUGCUGAGGCCCUCCUUAUGGAUGAAAUAGGGAGUAUGGCCAUGACCUACCACGCGGGCCCAGUGUGGAUAGGUGGGUGCUAACGGCUGCAGACGCAGCCGGGACUGACGUUUCUGCGAGUCUUCCGGCGCACGGAGGAACUCAGGAUAAUACAUUUUUGAUCACAUCACUAGCCUAUUAAUGUCCCCACUGCUGGGGCACAAGCCUUCCUUAUGGAUGGAUGAGGGAGAUUGGGCCAUGACCCACCACGCGGGCCCAGUGCCGAUUACUGGAUGCUAACGACUGCAGAUGCAGCCGGGACCAACGGCUUAACGUGCCUUCCGUGCACGGAGGAGCUCGAGAUAGUAAAUUUUUGGUCACCCAUCCAAUGACCGACCACUGCGAAAAUUGCUUAAUUUCAACGAUCGCAACCGAACGUGCUAACCAUCACCACUUGCGCCAUCGAGCUCCUCACUUUUUGAUCACCAAUCCUAAAGACAAAAUGGGUUAAUCACUUGCAGUGUUGGGAUAUCGAGCUCCCAUAAAUUACCAACUGGUACUUUUAAAUGACGACCUCCGUGGCCGAGUGGUUUGUACGCCGGGUUUCAUGGUGUCGCCAACUCGUCAGGUCCCGGGUUCAAAUCCCGGUGGGGGCAGAUGUUUGUGUGAUGAAUACGAGCAUUUCUAUAUAAAUAUACUUAUACUAGCUGACCCAGCGAACUUCGUGCCGCCCCAAAAAAUAGGGGUUGUCCAGCGGACAAAAUUGUGAAUCUAAACCAUUCUCAGAUCCCCUUGAACACACACAAAAAAUUUCGGUAUUAUAAACGUAAGAGUAAACAAAUACCUAUAAUCAGAAUGCUCCGAACUGCUAAGCUAUCAGGAGUUACACGUAUUAUUGUGAGUAAACCAUAAAAGAUAGACAUAUGCUGUUGCAGGAUAUUUUUUAGACAAUUUUAUGUAGAAUAUUUCCGUGAUACAUGAUUUCUAUGUAACUUUAACCAUCAAGGCUGCGCACGCGACGGAAGCUUAAAAAAUGGAGUAACUUCUCCCGUUUUCCCAACAUUUCCCUUCACUACUCUGCUCCUAUUGAUUGUAGCGUGAUGAAAAGUAUACUAUAACCUGCCCAGGAGUAUGAAGAAUAAUUGUACCAAGUUUCGUUAAAAUCCGUCGAGUAGUUUUUGUUUCUAUAAGGAACAUACACACAGACAGACAGACAGACAAAAAUUUUACUGAUUGCAUUUUUGGCAUCAGUAUCGAUCACUAAUCACCCCCUGAUAGUUUUUUUUAAAAUAUAUUUCAUGUACAGAAUUGACCUCUCUACAGAUUUAUUAUAAGUAUAGAUUAUAUGACAGUGCAAUAAAGGCGUACGUAUUUUAAUAAUUAUCUCCUGACAAUCGUCCCGUGACCAAUUGACAUAUUGACAGUCGUUAGGGUUCUAGUAACGGCCCCUACAUUGAGAAUACUACGACUGAGAACAGACAAAAUAUUCUAGAUGUGUAGGCGUCAGUAACUAUGUGAAUUAGAUACUUGAACAAAUCUUCACUUUACAUAUCCUCUAGAUCCUGUGUAUUCUAGAUCUAGAGCAGUGAUUCCCAAAGUGGUCCAUAUCGACCCCUAGGGGUCUAUGACGAACUGCAAGGGGUCUACGUCAGCGAAAAAAAAAUUUGGGGGUCCAUGAAAUGAAAAUGGUGGUCCACGAUAAUGGAUCUCAACAUACACUGAUAGUACUUAUUUACUUACAUUAUGCUAUCUUCUAUUAAAAAUACAUAUACAUUAUUUUUAAAAGUACCUAUGAAAUAAUAGAAAAUAUUAUGUAUGUUUAUAAAAUUUUGUAAGUUGUAAGAUAUUCGCUUUGUGGUCGCAAUACAUUUUGAAGUUGUAUAAACCUGCACAUAAUGAUAAACCAAUAUCAUCUUGUUACACUAACUUCCCUCCAGAUAGAAAUUUACAAAAAAUCAAUAUCAGGUAAGUAGGGGUCUACCCAAAACCAAAAAACAUGCAAAAGGUCUACGACAUAAAAAAGUAUGGGAACCUCUGAUCUACAGGAAAGAAGCUAAGAUGCUAUAUAUAUGUUACCUUCAACGCAGUUCUGACGCGCUUUACAAUUAUUUCAGCCAUGAGCAGCAGAAUAGAUACGAUAGUACCCCCGAUCACCACCUAAAAAUAAGAAUAUUUUUUCAUUAUUUGUAAAGUUUGUGCUGUUCUUAUAAAUGGUAUUUAUAAGAUCGUCUAAAUCCAUUCAGAUAGAUACACGUGGAUUUUAUUCAUAACCAGUGGCCCGCCCUCGCUUCGCUUCGGUGUAGAGCUGUAGUGUUGGCUAUAGUGUUUGUUCUCAGGCUUGUAUUAUACACAAUGACAUUCUUCUAAUACCUAAUUACAAUAGAAACGCGCCGCCGAGCUCCCUGCCCGGGAGCGUCGAAACUGCUAUGUCCCUGCAUUUUAAAUCUAUAAUAUCUUCGAAAAUAUUAAUUUAAAUUACAUGCGUUAAAGGGCUUAAUUGGUCUAUAUUAAAUGCACAAUGUAUUAAAAGUACUUAAUUGGAUAAGUAUGAAUGUUUUAAUGCUGAAAAUCGCUUCGUAAAUAAUCUAUCAUUUCUCGUAAAAAGUAUAGGAUAAAAAAUGGUUAUUGUGGGUUAUCCCUAAGAGAUAGACAUAUACCAUCGCGGUCUUUUUUGUAGAUCUUUUUACAGUGUACAAUACUGUAGUACAUUAUUUUUAUCUAUCUCGUAGGGUUCAGCCAACGUUUGCAAUGUAACCACAAAAAAUGUGUUUAUUUACGACCUUACAUUAAAAACCUCUAAAAUUAUCAGUAUUUCUCUACUAUAUUAUGCAUGUAUUAUGCAUAUAAACCUUCCUCUUGAAUCACUCUAUCUAUUAAAAAAACCGCAUCAAAAUCCGUUGCGUAGUUUCAAAGAUUU